GUCUUGUGGUUGCGUCAUUUGUCGUUUGUUUGACAACCAGAUUUUUUGACAGCUCAUCAUUUAACUUCAUUAAUAUUUAUAUUUUUGAAUUUUUUCAAAGGUAAUUCUGAAGUCAAACUACACGAAGCUGAAUCAUGCAGAACAAACCUUUUCCUAAGCUAGUAAACGACAGGAUUAUUAAAGUCGCCAAAGGUGAAACACCAGAUAAAUUGCCGGUAUGGGUUAUGAGACAGGCUGGGCGUUACUUGCCGGAGUACCAGGAACUCCGUAAAAAUAAUUCCUUCUUUGAUAUAUGCCAGAAUCCGGAGCUGGCGUGCGAAGCUACACUAAUUCCUAUCAGACGGUUCAAAGUUGAUGCUGCGAUAAUUUUCAGCGACAUUUUGGUCGUUCCUCAAGCGUUGGGAAUGAAAGUCAAGAUGGUUCCUGGGGUGGGACCAGUUUUUCCAGAUCCGCUGACUUUGGAGUCUAUGACGCAAUUGAAUCUGGAUGGGGCCAUAUCACGCUUGCAAUAUGUUGGUGAUGCUAUAUCCUUGACCAGACAUCGUUUAAAUGGUGCAGUGCCCCUUUUUGGAUUUUCAGGUGCACCUUGGACCGUGAUGUGCUACAUGAUUGAGGGUGGUGGCUCAAAGACAAUGAGCAAAGCCAAGAAGUGGCUCUACUGUCACCCUGAUGCAGCGACACAACUUAUGGAUCUGCUUGCCGAAGUUAUAACUGAUUACUUGCUUAUGCAAAUUAAAUCUGGAGCUCAAAUUGUUCAGGUGUUUGAUAGUUGCGUUGAACAUUUAGACAGGGAAUUAUACUCCAAGUAUGGUCUACCACAACUGAAGAGGAUCGCUUCUAAUCUCAAGCAACAAAUGGAAGCUUCCAAAAUAGAAGUCCCACUGGCAGUCUUUAUCAAGGGAGCCCAUAUUUGCGUGGAUGAGCUCGAUUCCCUAGGCUACGACGUCGUUGGCAUCGACUGGACUAUAAGCCCAAGCCGCGUUGGUGCACGCGUCGGUGACAGGGACGUUACUAUACAAGGUAAUUUGGAUCCUUGCGCAUUGUACGCGCCGAAAGAAAAGUUGAUAGAAAUGGUCGAAAGGAUGAUCGCGGGUUUUGGUACUCGUCGUUUGAUUGUCAAUUUGGGUCACGGCAUUUACCCAGACACUGACCCAGAAGCAGUCAAUACUUUUGUCGGCGCUGUUCAUGCUGUUAGGUUGUAAUUUUUCUUGUUAUUUUUCAUAAUAUGACUAGAGUUGACACUGGUAUCACAAAAUCGUUACUGUCAAAUAGCAAAGUUCACAAAUUUCAAAAAUCAUAUUUUUAACGUCAUCGAAUGUAUUGGUAUUUUUUGAGACCUCCUGUAUUUUUAGGACCCCUUAUUUUCCGUGCCCAAUUGGUCAAAUAUCUUUCUUGGAAAAGUAGCAACUAGAAACGGUAGGCCAUUCCUUGAGUAUCGUAGGAAAUCAAAGAGAAAGUAUACAAGGCCUUAGAUCGAAAAAGACCACCUUUUUCCUCAAGGAAGAUAUUUGACAAACAUUCUGUCCCUCCAAAAACGACAAGGCAAACAAGGCGUUCUACGAUAAGGAGGUCGUAACUGUGCAUACGAUCCUUAGUCUGGUAUUUGAGGAGAUGUAAGAUACACUUAUAUUUGCCUCAUUCCAGAUACAAUGUGUGAUAAAAAUGUCCCGAACUUAAUGUGGUCGUCAAACCCUGUAUGACAGAAGUGAUAAAACAAGACUGAUAUGUGUGGCCUUUCCUUACACAACUGUAUGAGUGUGACGUGUGUUGCUAACUUAAAAAUCAUUUUAAUCAUCAUUUUGUACCUAAAUGUGCCAACUAUGAUUGUACAUUCCAUUUUGUGGUAAAGCUGCUAUCUAGAAUUGUGACACUAUGCAUUUGGCUUGUAUGUUUCCAAAUUUUUGUUCAUCUAUUCCUUUUAUCUACACUAUAAGCCACUUCUAAAGUUUAAGGAGCGCCAAAAAUGCUGACACCUCCAGUUAGUAAUGUCACCAUUUUUUUGUUGGUGUUCCUUUUAUGGCUGUUACUUGGCCUUUGUGCAUAUGUAAUUUUCCCUUCACUUAGUAAUGAUUCUGUGAUCUAAUAGUCAUUGCACCUCCAUUCUGUUGAGUGUCACCACUUGUUUGUUUUUGUUUGGUGACAUUCAUAAUUUGAACUUUGUUUCAAUCACUGUUUCUAGUCAUUUUUGAUGAAUUAAUUGUAACUUGUUUCUGGUGGAGACUCUUGUUCUUAUGUGAUGGUUCAUGUUACCUACAUGUGUAAUAUUUUGUUUGUAACAUUUUUAUUAGUUUGUAAUAAAAAAUAUAAAGGCGUAUAUUGCUUUAUUAAUAUCCUGCCUUUCAUUGGUUAAAUUUGUUCACAUUAACCCUUUCGUCGUGCAGCUUUUGCUACAAAAGCUAGCGUGUCACGUGCUAAAAUCACGUAACCAUUUUUUACUAUCAGUAAUUUGAAUUUCUCUUUAUUGAAGGUGUCGAUUCCUAGGCCAAAACCAUUUAAUGAUUUUCUUUUGGCAAAUUUCAUAGUUUAUUGAUUAAAAAAUAUUAAAAUCGGACCUUUUCUUAUAAGCUUAACUUCGCCCAUCUACAUCGACUACUUUCCAUUUAGUUUUCCAAACGAAAUUGCGAAGCUAAUUUCACCGGACUAUUUCGGUCGCGAUAGAUAAAUAAUUUUGCCGCAGUGGAGUAAAGGAUAAAGUACGGUGAAAUUAACUUUGCAAGUUUAUUUGGCAAACAUCAACGAGGGUAAUCAAUGUCGUCACAAGCUGAUGACAUAUUCGUGACAUAUUUUCGUUAAGUACCGUGGUUUUAGGUCUGUCAGUAUUUCUGCGACAUCUGGGGUGCCCCAGGGCUCCGUCCUGGGUCCGCUAUUAUUCGCUAUAUUUGUGAAUGAUCUCAGUGGCCAACUAAAUUGUUGCAACUUAUUGUACGCAGACGACUUGAAAUUAUUUUCUAGAAUUGACACAAUUGUCGAUUGUAUGAAGCUUCAGGAUGAACUAGUACGUCUGUAUGAGUGGUGUUGCCUGAAUCAGCUGUAUCUGAAUAUUACAAAAUGCCAGACUAUGUCUUUCACACGUAAGCAGAAUAUAAUUGGUUAUGCUUAUCACAUACAUGGUCAAGUCUUGGGUAGUUGUUCCAUUGUGAGGGAUCUAGGUGUUUCUUUCGACCCACAGUUAACUUUUGUGCAACACAUUACUGAAAUUGUAACCGGUGCGCACAAGACGAUGGGUUUCAUACUUAGGUGUGGCAAGAGCUUCAAUAAUGCUAAAACUAUUUUAUUGUUAUUCAAUGCGUUUGUUAGAUGUAAGCUCGAAUACUGUAGUAUAAUUUGGUACCCUGCAUAUGAUGUACAUUCGGACAGCAUUGAAAAGAUCCAGCGACGUUUUGCUAAAUAUUUAUGGUUCAAGGAAGAUGGGAUUUAUCCUGAGGCUGGAUUUCGCAAUGACUUAUUGCUCAGUAG